GAAAUCAGACUCCUGAAAGGGAUACAGAAGUCUGGAAAGGUUGAGAGCCACUGCACUGACCUGUACAGUGCAUCCAACAGCUGUUCACUCCAAUGUAAUUACUAUAGUGAAUUUCCUUUAAUGUGAACAGGUCUUUAGUCUCAUCUUCUGGACAGGAGCAUUGUCUUGGUGGAUCCAUUAAUAUUGUCUUUUUUGUAGCAACUCUUUAUAAAACCAAGUGGUUUGUUUUUCAAGUUUGACAAAUGAAUGGGGUAGAAUACAGUUACAGCCAUGACUUAAUAUCUUUUGUUCUGUGGUUAUAAUUAUGUGUUUAGUUGACAUUUAAAAAAAAAUUGGAAUAUAUUUGAAAAUUUCAUCAAUUCAAAUUAUGGGCAAGAUCCUCAGAGGAUGUAAAUUGACAUACCUCCCUUGAAGUCAGCAUUGAUUGAGCCUAGCUGAAGUUCUGGUCCUUCAUCUCUCAAAGGAAAUAUAUAAAUAAUGUUACACCUGAUUCUGAUCCCCCACCAUUGUAAAUCCAUUGACUGGAGUUACACCUGUUUUACACCAGUGUAAAUAAGGUCAGAAUCAAGGCCAGUGUUUGAGUUUUAUAUUUUUUUGUUUUCCUGCUGGGCAAAAUCAAAUAUACAUAUUAGGGCUGUUUCCGAUCUCACCUGGUGUGAAAAAAGAUGUAACUCUGGAAGACAAAAUCUGUGUGAGAACAGAACCAGGUGCCUAGAAGUUGUGGGGAAUGAGAGUAGUUAAUGUAAUAGCUCAACCGUUUCUAGUAGCUCUAUUAAGUAGAAAAUAAUCAGUACCAUUGUCUUUGAUAUUUUGUGAAUGGAAAUAGUGUUGUAUCUCCCAUGAAUGUCAACAGUUUUGAAUCAGCAUUCAGCAGGCAGUUUGAGCACUUUGUCAUACCAAACUUAUCAGAUUUUAUUAGCUGCUGAAUAUAUUGAGUUCCAGAUACUUAAUUCUGGUAGUGAGGAGCAUCUAGGGCUGUGAUGUGGGGGAGAAUGGCUAACAAAACAUUAGAAAGAUCUGGGGAAAACAUUUAUAGAAAACUCUAAAAUCCUGGUCAAUAGCCGCAAAGGAAAGAACCAAGGAAAGAGAUCACUGGGAUGCAUAAAGGUAUUGAAUAUAAGGUCGUAAUUUAAGUUAAUGACGGAAAAAGCCCUAUUCAGUGAUCCAGUUCAUAUCCAAGCAAACACAGGAUUUAGUCUAAGGGGAGCCCGACUUCACCACUAGAGAGUAUAAUUGAUUUCAGUCUUCAUUCUGAACUCAGCAGCUCAACUCUGUCUCGGCGGGGAGAGAAAUCACAGCGUAGCAAACACUGAGCGCAAGUCACCUUGGCCGGGACAUUAUGGGCUCAGCAAGCAGGUGUGAGCAUCACCACGCAGCGGGCAGGCUUCUUGUGUAAGGUGGCUUCCCAUCCCCGCUGUGGAUCGUCGCCCGCUGCUCAUUCGGCAGGGAGGAUGGAGUCGCCGGCUUGAAAAGCCUCUCCCCGUCCCUUCCUGGGGACCGCGCCGGAGCGGAUAAAACCUCCUGGUGCAGACCAGCUGGGGGGGCUCGUGGCGAUGCUGGCUGCCCGCUGAGCGGGCCCGGGGGCCCUUGUUCCCGGCCGGGCUGAGCUGAGCACUUGGGGGAAAGUUACCCGACCUGUUCGCCUGUGCCCUGGGAGCUGCUCCGCCGCUCCGCUCGCUCGGAGGCUUCGCCACUGAGUCACCAUUACCUCGCCCAGCAAGGAGGAGCUGGUCGCGCUCGCUGCCCGGCUCUGGCACCGGAGGAAGCGGCUGCUGGCCGCGGCCGGGCUGGCCCUCGCCAUGGGACUCGCGCUGCUCAUCGCCCUCCCGCUGCUGCUGCAGGCGGCCCCCGAGAGCGCGGCGCACUACGAGAUGAUGGGCACCUGCCGCAUGAUCUGCGACCCCUAUAGCAGCGCCAGCGCCCGGGCCGGCGGCCCCAGCAGCUCGGCCGCCGUGGAGGCGCUGCAGGACCUGAGCGCCAACGCCCCGCCGCCCUUCCUCCCGGGACCCAAGGGGGAGCCCGGCCGGCCGGGCAAGCCGGGGCCCCGGGGCCCGCCAGGGGAGCCGGGGCCCCCCGGUCCCAGAGGGCCGCCCGGAGAGCGGGGAGACUCGGGCAAGCCGGGGCUGCCGGGGCUGGCGGUGGCCGGGGCGGGCGCCCCCGGGGCGGCAGGGGGCGGCGGCCCCGGGGCGGGCGCCGUCGGGGAGGUGAGCGGGGCGCUGAGCGCGGCCUUCAGCGGCCCCCGGAUCGCCUUCUACGUGGGGCUGAAGAGCCCCCACGAGGGCUACGAGGUGCUCAAGUUCGACGACGUGGUGACCAACCUGGGCAACCACUACGAGCCGGCCACGGGCAAGUUCAGCUGCCAGGUGCGGGGCAUCUACUUCUUCACCUACCACAUCCUCAUGCGCGGCGGGGACGGCACCAGCAUGUGGGCGGAUCUCUGCAAGAACGGCCAGGUGCGGGCCAGUGCCAUUGCGCAGGACGCCGACCAGAACUACGACUAUGCCAGCAACAGCGCGGUGCUGCACCUGGAGUCGGGGGACGAGGUGUACGUCAAGCUGGACGGAGGCAAAGCACACGGCGGCAACAACAAUAAGUACAGCACUUUCUCUGGCUUUCUUUUAUACCCCGAUUAAAAGGGUGGCCGACUGCAUUGUACCCACCUGCCCCGCCACUGUCUCUACGGGUCAGUUUCGCGUCGUUCUCCAUUUGUACAUUUGAUAGGUGGAAACAAAACAAGCGAGCCCCCACCCCAGCCCUUGGUGUAUCUCUGUCCUUGUGUCUGUUACACAAUGAGAUCAGCUGCUUGAAACUGACCAGCACCUUGGUUCCAUGAGUGUGUAAAAGAUUCCAGGGUAAACCUGUCACUCACACUACGUUAGAACUGCUCAGUCUUGGCACAUUUUGCUUUAUUAUUAUCAUCUUGAUUGAUUGAUUGAUUGAUCUGAAGAGUGGGACUGAAUUAUAACACGCAUUGGUUCUUCGUACGCGGUUUGUGUGUUUGUAUGGGGUCAAGUGUAACUUUCUUCUUUCCUUUUCCAUGCAAUGCAAUACUCGUGUGAAUGAUGAUGUAAUGAACGUCAAGUCUCUGUUCCUGUCCGGCAAACAAUCUAACCACCACCACCAAAAAAAUCAUAUUAAAUUAUGUUUUUAGACAA